AAAUAAAUCAAAAAUAUUAUUUUCUGCUGCUUAGGCACACAAUUUUGUGCCGUGAAUUUCGAAUUUCUUACAAUUCUCGCGAAAAAUUUUUGGCGUCCUCAACUAAUUGGAAAAGUUCGCAAAAUGAGUGAUAUUCGGGCAUUCGUACAGAACAUGCAAAACGGUGGCAGCAAUGGUGCUGCUUCUUCAGCUGCUGGUGGCUCAAAGCCAUCGAAACAAGGCAACAUUGAAAAAAUGUAUCAAAAGAAAUCCCAACUUGAGCAUAUCUUGUUGCGUCCAGACAGUUACAUUGGAUCUGUUGAGCGCGUUACCGACACCAUGUGGGUAUGUGAACCACGGCCAAUUGAAGAAGGACAAGAAGCUUCUGCUCCUACCUAUAGACUUAAACAACGUGAAAUCACGUAUGUACCUGGUCUUUACAAGAUUUUUGAUGAAAUUCUUGUCAAUGCUGCCGAUAACAAACAACGUGAUCCUAAGAUGAGUCUUAUUCGUAUCGAUAUCAAUCAGGAAGAGAACAAGAUUGAAAUAAUGAACAAUGGCCAAGGAAUUCCCGUCGUUAUGCAUAAAGAAGAGAAAAUGUUUGUUCCAACAAUGAUCUUUGGACAUCUUUUGACAUCAUCGAAUUACAACGACGAAGAAGAGAAAGUGACCGGUGGUCGUAAUGGUUACGGUGCUAAAUUGUGCAACAUCUUCAGCUCAAAGUUCAUCGUUGAAACUGCUUCGAAAGAAUACAAGAAAAAGUUCAAGCAAGUUUGGAUGGAAAACAUGGGAAAAACUUCAGAACCGAAAAUCGAAGCUGUUUCCAGAGAUGAAUUCACAAAAAUAACUUUCUGGCCUGAUUUAUCAAAGUUUAAGAUGGAAAAGCUUGAAGACGACAUCGUGGCUCUCAUGAGACGUCGUGCUUACGAUGUUGCUGCAUCAACUCGUGGUGUGACUGUUUUCCUUAAUGGACAAAAGCUUCCCAUUAAGUCAUUCAAAGAUUACAUCGAUAUGUACGUAAAGGAAACUCAAGAUGAUGCAGGAAACCCGAUAAAAAUCUGCUAUGAAAGCAUCAGCGAUCGCUGGGAAGUCGCCGUAGCACUUUCUGAGAAAAACUUUCAACAAGUUUCAUUCGUCAAUUCCAUUGCAACAACGAAAGGCGGUCGUCAUGUUGAUUACAUUUCUGAUAUGAUUGUCAAGCAAGUGAUGGAAACAAUCAAGAAGAAGAACAAAGGCGGCGUCAACAUUAAACCGUUUCAAGUUAAGAACCAUAUGUGGGUGUUUAUUAAUUGUCUCAUCGUGAAUCCAACAUUUGAUUCGCAAACCAAGGAAAACAUGACAUUGCAAGCAAAGAGUUUCGGUUCAAAGUGUGCGUUAAGCGAUAAAUUCGUGAAUUCUGUUGUGAAGUCGGGCAUCAUUGAAAGUGUUUUAAGUUGGGCGAAAUUCAAAGCACAAACAGUGCUCGAGAAAACAAGUGGAUCGAAGAAAACGAAAUUGAAAGGAAUUCCAAAGCUGGAAGAUGCUAACAAUGCUGGAACAAGAAAUUCGAUGGAUUGCACAUUGAUUUUGACUGAGGGAGAUUCAGCAAAGUCUUUGGCAGUUUCAGGACUUGGUGUGGUUGGUCGUGACAAUUAUGGAGUGUUUCCAUUGCGUGGUAAACUUCUCAACGUUCGUGAAGCAACACACAAACAAAUUUUAGAGAAUGCUGAGAUUAACAACUUGAUAAAGAUUCUCGGCCUUCAAUACAAGAAGAAAUAUUUGACAAAUGAUGAUUUGAAGACAUUGCGAUAUGGAAAGUUGAUGAUCAUGACAGAUCAGGAUCAAGACGGUUCGCAUAUCAAAGGAUUGUUGAUUAAUUUCAUUCACACAAAUUGGCCGGAAUUGCUGCGAUUGGAAUUCAUGGAAGAAUUCAUCACGCCAAUUGUGAAGGCAACGAAGAAAGGACAAGAAUUGUCGUUCUUCUCUGUUCCUGAGUUUGAUGAAUGGAAGAAAGAUACCCCAAACAGCCACACAUUCAACAUCAAAUAUUACAAAGGUUUGGGAACAUCGACUUCGAAAGAAGCGAAAGAAUAUUUCCAGAACAUGGAUCGUCAUCGAAUUGUCUUCAAAUAUGGCAACGAAUCUGACGACGAUGCAAUUCUCAUGGCGUUCUCGAAGAAAUGUGUCGAUCAACGUAAAGAUUGGCUCACAAAGCACAUGGAAGAAUGCAAGCAUCGCAAACUUGUUGGACUUCCCGAACGAUAUUUGUACACGAAAGCAACAAAAUCCAUUUCAUACACUGACUUUGUCAAUCUUGAGCUUGUUCUCUUCUCAAACACUGACAACAUUCGUUCAAUUCCUUGCGUCGUUGAUGGCUUUAAACCUGGCCAAAGAAAAGUCAUCUUCACAUGUUUAAAACGAAAUGACAAACGUGAAGUGAAAGUCGCUCAAUUAGCUGGAAGUGUCGCUGAAAUGUCAGCUUAUCAUCAUGGUGAGACUUCGUUGUGUGGCACAAUCGUGAAUUUAGCACAAAACUAUGUUGGAAGCAACAACAUCAAUUUACUUCAACCGAAUGGUCAGUUUGGAACGAGAUUAUCUGGUGGCAAAGACAGCGCCAGUCCUCGUUACAUCUUCACAAUGCUUUCGCCAUUAGCACGUUUGAUUUUCCAUCCUCACGACGAUCCAUUGCUCAACUUCUUGGACGAAGACAAUCAACGCAUUGAACCCGAAUGGUACAUUCCAAUCAUUCCAAUGGUGUUAGUCAACGGUUGUGAAGGAAUCGGCACUGGUUGGAGUACAAAAAUUCCCAAUCACGAUCCACGUGACAUUGUCGCCAACUUGCGAUUGAUGAUGCAGGGAAAUGAUCCGAAACCGAUGAUGCCAUACUACAAGAACUUCCUGGGACGCAUCAUUACAGCUGGUGAUGGUCGUUAUGUGACUGUUGGUAAUGUUGCGUUGUUGGAAGGAAACAAAAUUGAGAUCAGCGAGUUGCCAAUCGGCACAUGGACGCAAACUUACAAGGAAAAUGUUCUUGAGACACUUUUACAUGGUGCUGAGAAGAUUAAACCCGUCAUUAGUGACUACAAGGAGCACAACACUGACACAACUGUUCGAUUUGUUGUCUCAUUCUUACCAGGAGAAUUCCAACGACUUCACAAAGAACCCGGCGGUUUUCACAGAGUUUUCAAGUUGACAUCAUCGAUUGCCAUCACUUCGAUGCAUUCAUUUGAUCAUGUCAAUUGUUUACGUAAAUAUGACACGACGACGAUGAUUUUGAAAGAAUUCUUCGAUCUUCGUUUGGAAUUUUAUGGUAAACGAAAGAAUCAUUUGGAAGGAAUGUUGCAAGCUGAAGCUGACAAAUUAUCGAAUCAAGCUCGCUUCAUUAUGGAGAAAUGUGAUCGGACUUUGGUUGUUGAGAAUAAGAAGCGUAAAGUGAUGAUUGAUGAGCUCAUCAAACGAGGCUAUGAUGCUGACCCAGUGAAAGAUUGGAAACGUCGUAUUAAGGCUGACGAUGCUGAAGAAGAAGGCGCUGCUGAUGAUGAGGAAGAAGAAGCUAAAGAAGAAGACGUCAAGCCUGGAAAAUCUUCGAAACAACCAAUCGAUCCAGAAAAAGCUUUCAAAAACCUUUCCGAUGUCAAGAAGUUUGAUUAUCUGUUGGGAAUGUCAAUGUGGAUGUUGACAGAAGAACGCAAAAACGAAUUGUUGAAACAACGCGAUAGUAAAUUGGCAGAACUUCAAACCGUCAAGAAGAAGACUCCGAAAAAUUUGUGGGUUGAAGAUUUAGAUGCGUUUGUUAAGAAAUUGGAUGAAGUUGAAAAGAAGGAAAGAUUGGAAGAAGAAAUGAUGGUCAAGAAACUUUCCAAAUCAACAAGUUCUUCAAGUGGAAAAGGCAGAAGCAUCAAAGUGAAGAAAGGAAUCGAUGAAACUAAACCAUCGCAGGAUGGCGAACAGAUCAACUUUAAAUUGUCAGCAGAAAUGCUUAAGAAAUAUGAAAAAGCGACUGCAACAUCGAAGGGAAUUAAGAAAGAGAAAGUUGUGAAGUCAGAAGGUGUCGAAGAGUUUGAUGAAUUUGAUGCUCUUGUUGCUGCUGGUGAAGGUGGCAUAAAAGAAGAAAAAGACAAGAAUCCACGUGCAAAGAAGGAACCUGGUGAAGUUAAACCGAAAAAGGAGAAAAAGUCGGCUGAUGGACUCAAACAAUCGAAAUUGGAUUUCAAGAAGAAAUCGAAAAAGAAAAUGGACAGCGAUGAUGACGAUGGAAGCGAUGUUAUGCUUGUUAAUGGCAGUGAUGAUGAGUUUGACGCUUUGGUGGCAUCGAAACCAGCAGCUCCACGUGAAAAGCCUGGUCGACGUGCAGCAACAAAAAAAAUUGAUUAUUCCUUCCUGAAUGAUGGAGAAAAAUCAAGCAGUGACUCAGAGCCUGAAAUGUUCGAUAAUGUCAUGGAGACAAGCGUUCGUCCUCAGCAAAUCAUUGACAGCGACUCAGACGAUGUUAAAUCACCUUCACCUGUACCAGAUGCAGUGAAGAAACCUGCACCAUCUAAACGGCCACUUGGCCCGAAAGCACCAGAAAAGGAAAAGACUCAGAAACGAAAAAUUGUCAGCUCAGAAAGUGAAUCGUCGCCAGUUAAGCGAAAGGUUGCCCCAAAAAAGAAGAAAAGAGUUGUUUCCAGUGACGAUGAAAGUGACAACGUUGAUGAUGAUUCAGAUUCUGAUUUCAAUGCAUAAACGCAAGUCAGAAACGUCUGCCAGCUUGAUAUUCAACAACAGUUGAGAACCCACAAACGACACUUAUUUAAAUAACAAUUUGUUUUUAUUUUCCAUCGUUUUCAUAUAUUUUAAGCUUCCAAGCAUCUUAAUAUUUUUCUAAAUUAUUUUUUAAGCUCUUCACAACUGUAGCUCAGUAGAAAUCUCAUGUAAGAUUAAUUUAAAAUAUUAAUAAAACAAAAAUUAUCGACUUGAUGUUUCUUUGAUACAACU